AAUAUUAGGAUAGGGUUUGUAUGAAAAUAUACAUUAGUCAGUUGAUACAACAAACGGAAUGCAUACAAUAUACAACAACCUACAAAGCAAUAAAUUUGUACCAAAAAGUUUGACAACAAAUGUGGAAGCAGUAGAAUUCACUUCAGAGAAGCUGAUUCUACUAAAAAGCCAAGGGAACCUACCAAAGAACCCACAAGUAAUGCAAAUGAAUCAAUUGGAGUAUAACAAUGCACAGUCUAUAUCUAAUAGAUACGCAAGGCCGUCCAGUCGCCCUUUAAAAUGCGAUAAAUGGAAUCCUGAUGAGUUCUUGAAUUGCGCUAAUAUAAAUGGCAAGCUUUAUAGACUAUACAAUCUUUUCGAGGACGUUGAAGCUGGUGAAGCAUUCAAAAAACAGCCUAAACAAAUUAAACGUCUUAAUACGGGAACUGCAAAGCCUCUUCAAUCGAGGAAGUGCCAAAAUCCAAAUAGGUUUCAAAGCAAAUUACGAAGACAACCAGCUAAGAAUGCUGAAGAAGAAAUAGCUGAUGACUCUGUCGAAGAUUUGCACCCUCGACGAUGUGAGCCCAUUACAAAUCGAAUAAUUUCCGAGGAAGCCGAUCUUAAUAAUCAACAGCAUGAACUGAAAACUGAGAAACCUCUACGACCGCGAGGAAGACCCAAAAAGAAUGCGAACUCUACCCUUAUUAAUCCUGACUAUGCCAAGAAAAAUGAUAUGGAAAUGGGGGAGGAACAGGAGAGUCCCAAAACGAUGUCAAAGAAAGUAAGUCCUAGGAGAAAGGUGGAUUACUUGGAGGACAUGGGGCUGGGUGCUGCUUUUCGGAAGCAACAGCAAAAGCAGCAGCUCCUAAGUAGUCGCCGUAGUUUGGGUGUAGCUGGACCAAGACGAUCCCCAAAGGAAUCGAAGAACUGCAGUGCUGGUUCAUCGGUAGUGCACGGGAAAAAAUUACAUGAGCCACCCGUAGUAUUACGACGAAGUGCACGGAUUCAGGCAGCAAAACUUAGGAAGGAGCAGUCAUUGGAACAAAACUUGCAGAAGGAUCAGGAGAAACCCAAUUCUGGAAUGGUAGUGGAUUGGAAGAAAUUAGAUAAGCCAGAACGGGUCCCAGAACCACCCAUCGUAUUACGACGAAGUGCCCGGAUUCAAGCAGCCAAACUCAAGAAGGAGGCCUUGGAAGCCAGCUUGAGAAACCAGAAUCAGAUUCAGAAUCAGGAGAAGCCCAGUUCCAGAAAGGUAUCGAAACCUAGAAUCACUCGACAUGAAGUGUGUCGUUCAUGUCCUAAUUGCAACUCUAAUACCUUUCUUAGGCCGCGUUCGAUCACGUACUUUGAGUGCGCCGAUAUAAAUGGAAAGCUUUAUAAACUCAAUGACAUUUGGGAAGAUGUGAAGCUUGGUGCUGCUUUUCGGAGGAAACAGAAGAAGGCGCAGCACCAGCAACGGAGAACUCUUCGCGCUCGGUGAGGAUCUUAAACUAAAGGCAAUUGAUAUACAUAUUUGGUCCGUAAAAUAUUAUAAUACAAAAUUUUCGUUAGCAAAAGGCACUCAUCUUUUAUAUUUAGUUGUAUCCAUAUUGGUUAUUGCACUGUACAUUUAUAAUAUGAAAUCAUAAGUAUAUGAA